CGACGGUUUUCUCAGGCUUCAAAACGAGGCUGCAGUCGUAACCUCAUUGUUCUCUUAUGAUGGACGAAUCGAAAAAGAGGCUGAACGUACUGAAACAGCAUUUGAUGCCAAACCGGCUACUGCAGACGCACAUCACAUCGUCAUCAACACUUCAGUACACGCUCAACGAAGGAAUCUUGAACGACCAGCAGCGACGUUUUUACGAAGACAAUGGCUACUUUGUUGUUCGUCGUCUUGUAGAUAGAGAGAGUCUGGACAAGUUUGAGCGAAGAUUUCGUGAUAUUUGCAAUAGAUUGGUUGAAGUCCCGUAUAUAACAGUUAUGAGGGAUGUUGCUGUGGCCAAGGACAAUAGACACUCAGCACCUGUUACAAAAAUUCAGAACUUUCAGGACGAUGACAUUCUGUUUAGCUAUUGUACGCAUCCAAAUAUUUUGAAGUAUGUUGCCAGUUUCGUUGGUCCAGAUAUAAUGGCAAUGCAUACUAUGUUGAUCAGCAAGCCACCUGAUCCAGGAACUAAGUCUUCUCGUCAUCCAAUGCACCAAGACCAGCAUUACUUUCCUUUCAGACCGGCUGACCGAAUUGUUUGCUCAUGGACAGCAAUGGAACACGUUCACCGAGCAAACGGAUGUCUCGUUGUCGUACCUGGUAGUCACAAGGGUUCUCUACUUCCUCAUGAUUAUCCAAAAUGGGAAGGGGGUGUCAACAAAAUGUAUCAUGGAAUUCAAGGAUUUGAUCCAGGUGAAGAUAGAGAGAGAGUUCAUUUGGAAAUGGAAGCGGGUGAUACCGUGUUCUUUCAUCCACUGUUAAUUCACGGCUCAGGAAUGAAUCGCACACAAGGGUCAAGGAAUGCCAUCUCGUGCCACUAUGCAAGUAGUCAUUGUGAUUAUGUGGAUGUCAAGGGAACAAUGCAGGAGAACAUAUCUAACGAGGUCCUUGAACUUUUUCAUCGGAGAGUGGGAGGUGACGUGGAGGCAGACCAUUCUACACCGUGGAGGCUUAAAGCUAGACUUGUACAUGGCUGUAGAGGCACACUCUGAACCAUCACUUGUUGUAAGUGGAGAACAGUAGUCGGUUAUACUUUCUUUCUGUUGAGCUCUAUAGUCACUUGAUGGUUUACUGCUGUUGUCUUACAUAACAGUAUCAUGUACCAGACCUUAUUGUAUGAUGCAGUGAGUGUUUAAGAUUAAGAACUGAUUGUAGCAUUAGACAAUGUGGGAGUUCUAGAUGCCAACCUUUUUGUUGGUAAUUAACUCUUCUCGACAUUAGCCUUGAUUGAGCCAACAAUUUCAUGACUAAGUAUGGCAGCAGUGAUUAUGGUAUGUUUCAUCG